CGCCAAGCGCUCCCCGGCCCCUCUGUUUACAUUAUGGACCCAUACUGUUUUCUCAUCUCCCCUGGGCCUAUCAGUUACCCCUACCUGACACUCACACAACGACAUACCUGUUGGGGAAGUAAGAGAGACCUGAAGCCAGUACCACAACUACCACAACUACUACCACAACUACUACCACAAUAACUACCAUCAUGGGGUGUAGUCUUCGAAGUGUGACGACAUGUGGCCUUGUGUUGGCCAUCCUUGACCUGCUACACGGAUUGGGAACAUUGGCGUUCUAUGGAUACCAGUUCCAUGUUCAUUAUGUUUGCCACUGGAACCACGGCAUACGCUGGUGCCAAUAUUACCUGCAGGAGACAAAUCACAGCGUUCGAGUCAACAUUGGCAUCGGGGAAGGCGUGGUGUGUACGAUCUUCGCCUGUCUCCUCAUCGUCAGCCUCUGCAAGUAUAAGCCGUGGUUGACGUGGCUGUGGCUACUGAAGGCGGUGGUAGUGGUUAUCAUCAACGGGUACUUCAUCAUCAUAUGGCUCAUGGAGAAAUCCCGCCACUACCACCAGUUCUGGGACCGUCACAACUACGACCAGGACGGGAUAUUCUUAAUGGCGGGAAUCGGACUGACCACGGUAGAAAUCCUCAUCAUGUUUAUUUUCUGUUGUGUUAGCGGCUCCUUCACUUACAAGAUCCGUAGUCAGAGAGUUCCUACAAUGGAGACGGACAUCUGAGCACCCAGACCCCACACCCCACCAGCCCUAAAGGGACCCACCACACCCCACCAGCCCUCAAGGGACCCACCACACCCCACCGGCCUCACCUUCCCCUGACGGCCUGGACGACCGAUCCCUACUGAUUGAGAAGGUCCUCUAGGGCGAAGAUCUUACAGUGUGUGAAGGUGUGUUAAUCGCCGUCACGAGAGGACCGACAAGCAUCACCUCCUUCAGUAGACAAACAAUGUGAAGGCUAAGACUAAGAUUCAGAACAAAACAGCUUAGUUGACUCUCUUUACAGCUUGAUUUCAAACUUUAAGCCUCAGCAAGACUUAAAUUCAUAUGCUGUUUACUGCUAGAGAAGCUUGAUGACUGCCAUACUAGCUUUACUGCCUCGCCACAGCUUGAGUGUGCGUGUAAGUGUGUGUUGUAGCCGCUGUGGAAGGAGUUUUACCACGAGUGACACAGACAAUCGCCACACACACACACACUCGCCAAACACUCGCCACACACACACACUCGCCAAACACUCGCC